GAAAGUCAGGACUCCAAAGUAGCUUUAGCCGAGGGGACGUUGAAUGACUUUGUCCCCGCGUGCUUUAACGAAGACUAAAGUUCUGUCGAGGACAUUUAGGUACUGACGUCGGCUCUAAUGGAGGCCCUCAUUCCUGUCAUUAAUAAACUUCAGGAUGUGUUUAACACAGUCGGUGCGGACAUCAUUCAGCUGCCCCAGAUAGUUGUUGUGGGAACCCAGAGCAGUGGGAAGAGUUCUGUUUUAGAGAGCCUGGUGGGCAGGGACAUCCUACCACGCGGUACUGGCAUUGUCACACGCCGGCCCCUCAUCCUGCAGCUGGUACACAUUGAUGCAGAGGAUCGCAGGAAAACCAAUGAGGAGAAUGCACCCAAGAAAAAUGGCCGCCUUACCAAAGGUAUCGAAGGAGAGGAGUGGGGGAAAUUUCUACACACCAAAAACAAGAUUUAUGCAGACUUCGAGGAGAUCAGGAAGGAAAUUGAAGCAGAGACAGAAAGAAUCACGGGUAAUAACAAGGGUAUUAGUGACGAACCCAUUCACUUAAAAAUCUUCUCUCCAAAUGUCGUAAACCUCACAUUGGUGGACCUUCCUGGCAUCACGAAAGUACCAGUAGGCGACCAACCUAAUGACAUAGAGAUCCAGAUCAGGGAGCUGAUUCUCAAAUACAUCUCAAACCCCAACUCCAUAAUCCUGGCUGUGACCGCUGCCAACACUGACAUGGCAACGUCGGAGGCUCUAAAGGUUGCCCGGGAGGUUGACCCAGAUGGAAGGAGGACCCUAGCUGUUGUGACCAAGCUGGACCUUAUGGAUGCUGGCACUGACGCCAUGGAUGUUCUCAUGGGCAGAGUCAUUCCUGUCAAACUGGGCAUUAUUGGAAUAGUGAACAGGAGUCAGUUGGACAUAAAUCAGAAGAAAACAGUGGCCGAUUCCAUUCGCGAUGAACAUGCCUUCCUACAGAAGAAGUAUCCGUCUCUUGCAAACAGAAACGGAACCAGAUAUCUGGCUAGAACAUUAAACAGGUUGUUGAUGCAUCACAUCAGAGAUUGUCUUCCUGAGCUGAAGACCAGGAUCAACGUGCUUGCGGCCCAGUACCAGUCCUUACUGAACAGCUACGGGGAACCUGUUGAGGAAAAGAGCUCCACCUUGCUGCAGCUCAUCACCAAGUUUGCUGCAGAGUAUUGUAACACUAUAGAAGGCACAGCCAAAUAUAUUGAGACAGCAGAGCUAUGUGGUGGAGCAAGAAUCUGUUAUAUUUUCCACGAGACGUUCGGCCGUACUUUAGAGUCUGUGGAUCCUCUGGGUGGCCUGACGACCAUCGACGUGCUGACGGCAAUCAGAAAUGCAACGGGCCCAAGGCCUGCCUUGUUCGUGCCGGAGGUUUCGUUUGAGCUGCUGGUAAAGCGACAAAUCAAACGGCUGGAGGAACCCAGUCUGCGCUGUGUCGAGUUGGUUCAUGAAGAGAUGCAGAGAAUCAUCCAACACUGCAGUAAUUACAGCACUCAGGAGUUAUUGAGGUUUCCAAAACUUCAUGAUGCCAUAGUGGAGGUGGUCACCUCCCUCCUCAGAAGGAGACUUCCAGUCACAAAUGAUAUGGUUCAUAACCUGGUUGCCAUUGAGCUGGCCUACAUCAACACCAAACACCCUGACUUUGCAGAUGCCAUUGGCCUCAUGAACAAUAAUAUAGAUGAGCAGAGACGCAGCAGAAUGAGAGACUUGCCCCCCUCCGUACCCAGAGAUAAGGCAGCAGCGAGUAGCGUCCCUGUUACAGAGCAAGGAGACGGUGGGACAGGCAGCUGGAGGGGCAUGUUAAAGAAAGGAGAGGACUUUCUACCAGGUGACAGGACAACACUCCAACCUCUGCCCUCAGCAAGCCCCAUGAGGGGUCAUGCUGUCAACCUGCUGGAUGUUCCGGUACCAGUAUCCAGAAAGCUAUCUGCUCGUGAACAAAGAGACUGUGAGGUCAUCGAGAGACUCAUCAAGUCAUACUUCCUGAUUGUUCGGAAGAAUAUCCAAGACAGUGUACCAAAGGCAGUGAUGCACUUCCUGGUGAACCACGUGAAGGACUGCCUGCAGAGCGAGCUGGUGGGUCAGUUAUAUAAGACGGCCCUGCUGAACGACCUGCUGACAGAGUCUGAGGACAUGGCUCAGAGACGUAACGAGGCCGCCGACAUGUUAAAGGCUUUGCAGAAAGCCAGCCAGGUGAUUGCAGAGAUUAGAGAGACCCACAUGUGGUGAGCAGCAACCGUCUUCAGCCUCCUAGCUACAAAGCAUCCGUCUCCUGAUGCUGCAUCUCAGCUAUCUGGCCACUUGGAAAUGCACUGACAUGGAAAAAUGUAUUACCAGUAUAAAAUUAUGAUGUACAGAACAGCGAGGACUGUCUAUUAAUAGGGGAUGGUAUUAUUGCAGUCCCAAAUGAUAUUUUCUUAAAGGUAAUUAAAAGCAGAAAUAUGUAUAAUGUUAUGUCACCACUGUGUGGAGCCUUGCUUAAAAACAUCUGCUAUUAUUUUAGAUUGAAAUAAAAGCUAUAA